UCGUAUCGCAUGGUACUUUUCUACGCAAUCUCGUGGGAGUGGGCCUGGACCACGUAAGUUUUCUACCCUUUCCCGAACCUCUCGGAUCUAACCACUCUUCCAGGCAUGGGGAAACGCAGAAGGUAAGCAGUAUCUCGUCCGAAAUGUGGUUCUGGCAUGAAUCUGUAUUGCAGUCAGACGGUACACCUUUAAAUCAGAGGAUGAUGAAGAAGCGGAAUUAGUCUUUGUCGAACAAACUGGAGGCGAGGCGCCAACGAGCAACAAGCUCGCACCAUAGAGUCUAGACCAUCCCUAGCCCAGAAUCACAAAUAUUGACCCCCUUGUCAGCCUUCAUCUAGAGGAUCUCGACUAUUAAUGUAACGGAUAAACCAAUAGAUCUAACAACAGAAUAUUGCGGUGAUCUCGUUGACAUAAGCCCCUAUAUCAGAGGCAUCGACUCCGGCCACUUUUAGUUCAUCUUGCUCAGACCUAAUGGAUCUUGGGGUAUCCAGAUCCCACGUGCGCCAGGUGAUCGAAUUCGUGCUCUUUCACACCAUCAUCAUCGUCAUCCAUUUCAUCGGAGCGUUUAAAUUCAGGGCUUCACCUGCUGGGGCGAUUUUCGAACUUCCUCGACAACACUGGGUGCUAUUGCCACCGUGGAUGUCACAGGAUUUCCACGAUGAACGUCUAAGUCAGUCAUUUUUGUGUUGUGGUGGGAAUCUCGUUCCACUGACUUGAUGUCUAACUCAACUGUGUAAGGGUGAGGUUUGAAGUCCUUACGGUUGCGGCGGAAUAAGACUAUAGCUUGGUCGAUCUCCUGGUGCAAAUAAUGACCCAGGACUUUACGUUUGGCGUAUCACUGCGCCAUAUCCCUUAUCGCCAAACUCAUAGGCAAAUAGUCAAUUAUUGCCGAAUGUAAAAGUUAAGAACAAUAUCCUAAAUUGAGCACAGAACGUACGAUCAAAUGCCCGACUCAGAGCUGCUUGAUAUAAAGUCCCGCGAUUGGUAUAUUCGAAUUGGGGGUUCAAAGUGUGGGGAUUGCGAGGAAGCUUGCAAAGGCUGACGGGAAACUGAGAGAUGGUGAAUGAGGAGUUGGAUUU